CAAACUGUUCUUUCCCAAAACCUCAUCGUCUUCCGCCUCAUCAGCUACCACUACCAUUACUACUUAGUACUACCAGAGAGUUCCUAGAUUUGCUUCAUCCUCCGGCGUCGAGAUCUGCGACGUGCUUCCCUUCGUCGAUCUUCCUCCUUGAUCUUAUCCCCGGAGGCUUUCCCUUCGUUCCGGGCCCUAUGAAGAACGAUAGUAGCGAAACUGAUGAUGAUCUACAAUAUUCUGGUAUUAUCAAGGUCUCCAAUGGUCUUGCUCAUCCAAGAGUUAUGCCAAACACUUCUGGACCAGUGUCCUGUGGAAAAGGUCGAAGGGAUAUGGAUUUCCAAAUUCACUUCCUAGAGAUGGAGGCAUAUAGUUCUGUUUUGAAGGCCUUCGUUGCUCAGUCAGAUGUUCUUUCAUGGGAUCAACAUGGGCUAAUAACACAAUUAAGGAAGGAACUCAAGGUUUCAGAUGUUGAACAUAGUAAAAUUUUAGGAAAAAUUAACAGUGAUGCCUCAGUCAAGUCUAUAAAAAAUAGCCGGGAAUUACUAAAGGCAACGCUGAAUCCUUCUUUGGACUCCAAAUCUUUAGGUCAUGUACCUAACAAAAGAUUGAAGCGCACCCAUAUUUCUCUUUCUUCGUCCAUGAGGCAUCCAACACUGGCACCUACUCCAUCACAUAUGCCUCUUAGACGGGAUCAAUUGGCUAGAAAAGGAACUUUAGAUAAUCAAAGCAAGCAACCGAGCAUAACGAAAGCAAGGGGAUCACUCAAAGUUCAAUCUUCCAACAAGAGCUUUGCACAAUCCAGCAUUGAUAAUGUAAAAUCUGGUUCUGACAUAAUCGAGAUUCCUGCAACCGAUGCGGUCAUCCAUGAGGUUGAGAAGAUUUGUGGCGCCGAUAAUCCUGACCCUGCUCAAGUUCAGAGAGCCAAAGCACUUCUCAUGAAUCAUGAAAGAGCCCUCCUGGAAGCCAUUGCCAAACUCGCCGAUGCAUCAGAUCGCGUUUGAUAGACGAGUCAAAGAAGCCGGCCCCAACGGGUUUAAAAUUUUGCUACGAAUGGUAUGAAAUUGACCAGGUUUGACUUUUCAAAAUGUCUCCAUACCUUUUUUUUGCAGUAGAUGCAGGAAUACCUCUUUUGAUUAAACAUGUUUUAUGUAUUUGCUAAACUCCUGUAUUAUCUAUUGUCUUCUCUUCAACAGAUUUGCUAAACUCCUUUAUGUUAAUUGUCA